UUUCUCAUAUACCCGUCGCUCUUCUCCAUUAUUCGUUCUGGUUCUGACCCCAUAUUAUCCUCAAAAUUCUUUCCUCCCUAAAAUACGUUCUUUUGGGUAUUAAACCUAGGGAUUGAUUCAUAAACCUUUUUCUUUUCCUUCUUCUAUGUUAGAUCUGAAUGUGCUAUUUUCCAAAACGAAAUUUGGGAAUUUUUUCCCAUCAAAAUUCUUUAGUGGGUCAUUAUCUGUUCGUUAGAAAUUGAUCUCCCGCAGCUGAAUCUGUAAAUAACAAAGUCACAGCUUCUGGGUGUCUUCCAAAAUCCAUUCUUCUUUUUUUCAGAUUUCUCAAGAAAAUAAUAACACAAAAAAAAAAAAAAAAUGGUGACAGUGAAUCUGGGAUUGCUCCAUUACGUAUUGGACCAUGUUUACGGCGCAUUCAUGCACAGAACGAAGCUGAGCCCACCAUUUUUCUCGCGAGGAUGGGGCGGCUCGAAGCUCGAGCUUUUGGAGAGAAUAAUUGAGCAAUUGUUCCCGGACAUGGCGGGCCAGAAUUGGCCUCCCGCUUCGAUCCAACCCAUUUGGAGAACGGUUUGGGAGAGCAGAACGGCUUGUUUGAGAGAAGGGGUUUUCAGAACUCCUUGUGAUGAGCAGCUUCUGACGGCAUUGCCUCCCGAGAGUCAUAUCGCAAGAGUCGCCUUUCUCACCCCGAAAGGCGUGCCUCCUCAGAAAAUGGCCUGCGUUGUUCAUCUCGCAGGAACUGGGGAUCACACUUUCGAGCGGAGGUUGCGACUUGGAGGACCCCUAGUAAAGGAAAAUAUUGCAACUAUGGUGCUGGAGAGCCCUUUUUAUGGACAAAGACGUCCUUUGCUGCAGCAUGGCGCAAAACUCUUGUGUGUUAGCGACUUGCUUUUGUUAGGAAGCGCCACGAUUGAAGAAGCCCGUAGUCUAUUACAUUGGUUAGACUCAGAAGCAGGGUUUGGCAAGAUGGGUGUUUGUGGACUUAGCAUGGGAGGAGUUCAUGCUGCAAUGGUUGGCUCACUUCACCCUACUCCUGUUGCAACGCUUCCUUUCCUCUCUCCACACUCCGCCGUUGUGGCAUUCUGUGAGGGGAUACUAAAGCAUGCCACUGCAUGGGAGGCACUGAGAGAAGAACUUGCAGUGCAGAAGGCUGCAAUGACGCUCGAGGAGGUUAGAGAGCGGAUGCGGAAUGUUCUGUCUCUCACAGAUGUCACGCGCUUUCCCAUUCCCAAAAAUCCCAAUGCUGUAAUAUUUGUUGCUGCAACUGAUGAUGGAUACAUUCCAAAACACUCUGUGCUGGAGCUUCAAAAAGCCUGGCCGGGUUCAGAAGUGAGAUGGGUCACCGGCGGCCACGUCUCGUCUUUCCUACUACACAAUGGUGAGUUCCGCCGAGCCAUUGUUGACGGGCUUAAUAGAUUACAAUGGAAGGAGUCUCCAUUGUGACAGUGGCCUCACAUUAGACAGAGAUUGCAUAUUUGUUGUCAUGGUACACCUUGUUUACCUCUGCUCCUCUAAGUAACUUUGUACGAUUUUUUGUAACAAUUUAGAACACCCCAUUAAAAUAAAAAAGAAAGGAUAAAAAGGUGUUUUGUGAAUUAUGUAUAAGAGAUCGUAUCCCACUUUUUUUUUUUAAUAAUU